UCCUGGGCUCUGCAGCAGGGCAAGCGCAGCAGGGAGGCGGCUGCUGCGAACCACCGCCCAUCAGCUGAAAAAUUCAACCGGGUGCCUUCCGGGACGCUUAAGGGUGGCUGUCGGUGAAGGAGGAGGAGGAGAAGGAGGAAAAGGAAAAGGAAAAGGAAAAGGUGGAGGUCUUGCUUGAAAGUUAAAAGAAAUGCUGUGGUGUAAAGGAGAUUCCAUAAGAUAUGGUCAUUUAGAGAAAAUUUCUCAUCUUUCCUGUCUCCCAUCUGAUGAGAUUGGUCAGUGAACAGAUCAGCUAUGGCUUAUACUCCAGGAAUUGGUGGUGACCCAGCCCAAUUGGCUCAACGCAUCUCUUCUAAUAUCCAGAAGAUCACACAAUGUUCUGGGGAAAUACAAAGAUCGUUGAAUCAACUUGGAACACCUCAAGACUCACCUGAAUUGAGGCAACAACUGCAACAGAAGCAACAGUAUACAAACCAACUUGCCAAAGAAACAGAUAAGUACAUAAAAGAGUUUGGAUCUCUGCCCACAACCCCAAGUGAACAGCGUCAAAGGAAAAUACAGAAAGAUCGUCUAGUUGCUGAAUUCACAGCUUCACUAACAAAUUUCCAGAAAGUCCAAAGACAAGCUGCUGAAAAAGAGAAAGAUUUUGUUGCCAGAGUAAGAGCCAGUUCCAGGGUUUCUGGUGGUUUUCCUGAAGAUAGUUCUAAAGAGAGAAAUCUUGUAUCUUGGGAAAGUCAAACCCAACCUCAAGCUCAGCUGCAGGAUGAAGACAUUACAGAAGAUGAUCUCCACCUUAUUCAAGAGAGAGAAUCCUCUAUUAGGCAACUUGAAGCUGAUAUUAUGGAUAUAAAUGAAAUAUUUAAGGAUUUAGGAAUGAUGAUUCAUGAACAAGGAGAUGUAAUAGACAGCAUAGAAGCCAAUGUAGAAAAUGCUGAGGUACAUAUCCAGCAGGCAAACCAGCAGCUAUCAAGAGCUGCGGACUAUCAGCGCAAGUCCCGAAAAACUCUGUGCAUCAUCCUUUUUAUUGUUGUCAUUGGAUUGGUGAUUCUUGGACUCAUCAUUUGGGGAUCUUUGGGAAAAAGUUAAAAGAAGCUCAGUUGUACUACAUCAUCUAAAUUAUGUAGGAAAAUUCCUCUAAUUGUAGUUUUUAUCAUUGUAUAGUUACUGAGUAGAUGAACACUUUGUCAUUUUUAUUUGAGGGGAAGUUUCCUUUGGUUUCAACUUAAUAUUUUCUAAUAUUGAAAUGUUUUCUAAAUUUUUCUGCUGUUGUCAUAUUCUUCAAUUUAGCAGUUAACUAAAUUUUUGUCCAUAUUUAAAUUUACUGUUGGCUCAUUAUUUAAGUUGUUGACAGUUAACUUAGUUUUUGUUAUUGAAAACUCUUGUUUCAUGUGUGCAUCUGUAUUGCUGUACAUGCUUGUAUCUGAUUUUAUGUUGGCCCGAGGAAAAUACCUGAUUUUGAUUUCAGUUUGGGCUAGUGGAGGAAAUAUUGUCAAACAACUUUUAAAAAUUGAUUAGCAGAUCUCUCCAUUGCUUAGUUCAAGAUAUAAAAUGCUAACACACUCUUUCUUGGAUGAUUAAUUCUUUUGAUAACUGUAUUAACCCAGAAAAAAUAUAUGGACACAUUUUUAAUUUGUCUCAAAGGUAUGUGUAUUUAUUAAGCAUUUGCUGUAGUGUACCUAGUAAAUACCUCUACUGUGAAGAGCGGUGGUGAUUACUUAGGCUGUAUUUAACUCUUAACUCUGUUUGGAGAAGUAUAAUUUUUGUAAAUGUUUACUGUGCAUUGAAGAAAAAAAAUUAUGAAAAUGCUGUAGCUAAUAAUUUUUGGAUUCCAGAGAGCUCAACUUUCUUUAUAACUGACUACACUGAAAACAGCGACCCAACUUUUUUUGAUGGGUUCUUAUUUGCCUUUCCUCAUUUCUGACUGAGGAUUGACUGUUCAUGGAUCAAAAUUGUCAUCACUGACUAACACAAUGGCUAGUUUUCCCAGGUUUGUUUUGCUUUUUCUCAUUUGUGCCAUUUUUCACCAUCUUUCAUUAGAAUGGGCAUUGAAUGUUUUGCCAAUGAACCCACUAGCCUUUUUAAUCAAUGUUGUUUUAGUGCAAUUAUCUGAAAUAUUGUAAAGUGGAUUCUUUCUAUUCUGAUUCUGUGUUUUAUAAUGUUCUUGUACAGCAGUUAAACAGUGAAUGCACUGUUUACAUGGCAAGCUAUGAGACUUUAAUUGGAAACAAGUAAAAUUAAUUUAGUGAAAUAUAACUAUGCAGCCAAAAUAAAAAUAAUUUACAUUGUCUUGGA